CUUCAUGUUAGAACUAGACACGAAUUCUUUAAGAAUAAAAAAAAAAAAAAAACUAGACACGAAUUAUGCUCAACGAACAUGACCUCACCGAGGAACUUGUCAGAAGUACAAGACAUACUCGUUAGAAAUUGUACCAAAGAAUUGGAUUCUUCAUCGUGAUAAGAUGUUAGAAAGUAAUCAAUUUGCUACUACCAGCAACAUGUCAUUGGUACGACAGAGGAAUUCCAAGCAAUUAUUUUAUCAAUUUUCACUGGAACUAUUACCAGGGGGUAACACACACACACACCACAUACGUAUAACUAAUACACUUAUUGAGAAGGUCAGCGUACCGGGAAAGGUUUCCACCUGUAGAGUUUUGCUACUUUUUUUGCCAACACUGAUUAGAAGAACCUUGACAAUCGAUUCUACUUCCACACGCACAAGUUCCGGUUAGAUUGAUAGCUGUGGUGUGCUGCUAUGCAGGUGCGAUACAUUCUAUGCGAUAAUGUGCUAUCUGUUUCGUAACUUGGAAGUUCCUUGUUCUUUCAAUGGUGCGUUCGUUCACCAUUGUUCAAUAUCUGUAGGUACGAUAAAGAUCUUCGAUCGUUCGGUCCCGGGACGUGGGACGCACACACCUACGGAUCUUUCAAUUUCGCGAAAAUCAGGCAUCUUAUCAUGCUGGACGAUGUCCAAAAUGUCCUGCACAACAGCGGUGUAUUUGCCUUGAAGAGCCGCAGCUCGGAGGAAACGCGUUAUAUAAAAGACCUUACCAGAUCGGCAGUAAGGCAUCAGUUUUCGUCGGCCAUUGUACGACGACCUACCAGAGGACCAACCUACUUCUAGCGUGAAAACGACCAACGAGUGCUUUUAAAUGAGGAGUUUACUCGUGUUGGCUGUUCUCGUGACGGCCUCACAGGCGUUCUCGGUGUUCCAGAACCCACCAUGUUCGGGAACUACGCCCUGCUUGAUUAACUGUGUUGUGAACGCUCGCUGUCCAAUCUUCAACCCAUCUAAGCCCAUCCUGCUGCCAGGUCCGACCUGUGAUCGUUUCUACAAGUGCGAAAGUGGCCGCGCCUGCGAGACGCUAUGUCCGGGUGGUACCCACUUCAACACUCGCGAGGAAGCCUGCGAUUGGCCGCACCGAGCCUGUUGCGACCCGAGCAUUGAGUGCCGUCCGGAUCCUUGCGGACCUGGUGGAGAUUGUACUGUUCCGUCACCACCAACCCAACCACCAGUUGUAAUCCCACCACCAGGUGGUCAAAAUCCACCAUGCAGCGGCAGUGGUAUCUGUGCCAACAACUGCCCAGUUGACAACCGUUGCCCAGCGUUCGAUGGAUCAAAACCGACUCUACUGCCCGGAACAUCCUGUAGCGUAUACGUCAAGUGUAUUGCCGGCCGUGGUUGUCCCAUGUCUUGCCCUGCUGGACUACACUUUAACUCUGCUAAGGCGAUCUGUGACUGGCCGUUCCAGGCUUGCUGCGAUCCCAACGUAGAAUGUCGUCCGGACCCAUGUGGACCAAAUGGUUGCGGUGGCGGCGGCGGUGGCGGACCAAUCUACCCACCACCUCCACCACCACCACCAGCUCCAAUUGUACCAGGACCACCAUGCAGCGGCAGUGGAAUCUGUGCCAACAACUGCCCAGUUGACAACCGUUGCCCGGCGUUCGAUGGAUCGAAACCAACUCUUCUGCCUGGUCAAAACUGUGGCGUUUACGUGAAGUGUAUUGCCGGCCGUGGUUGUCCCAUGUCUUGCCCUGCUGGACUACACUUCAACUCUGCCAAGCAGAUCUGUGACUGGCCGUUCCAGGCUUGUUGCGAUCCCAGCGUCCAAUGCCGUCCGGACCCUUGCCCACCAGGUGCGUUCGGCUGUGGUCAGAAUAACAACAAUAACAACUGGAUGUUUGGUUAAACAGCAGUACAAAGAGAAAGAGCUCAGAGAACGAAUAGCCAUAGCGGUCACAGAACCGACACAAGAACAGCGCUUUCGCUCCUUUCAGGCUAUGUCACUAUGUUAUGGGUAAGUUUGCAAAAUAGCCUUGUAACAUGAUGGCAUUAUUAGACGAAGGUGGUUAAUCAUAAUACAAAGAACACGAGCCCCGAGAAUAUACGAGCACAUCUAACAAUUACAGCAGAUUGUCCUGUACGAGCGUUUUCUCAAGGUAAAGAAAUUUCCCACAUGUCCGAACCGGAACCAUAGCACAGUUGCAAAAGGUUUACAUAAUUUUUGGGACA